GCCAUUCAAGUUCCGGGCUGUGGGCCUCACCGCAUCUUAUUUCUCUCGGAAACACUGGCGCUUCGCCACAGCACGCAAUGGAAGACGUUCAAAGACAAUUGUCGAGCCCAAACCGGCAAGACCUGGCGCUUCCAAGGAGGCGACCAUUGAAAGGCCAUCCAAAGAGGAGGUGACUAGUGACACAGCGGACACAGCUGACACGGCCCUCUUCACAGACAUGGAAUCUGCAACAGAUGAGCAGCUGCUGGAAGAGCUGGAAGGAGCCCUGAACCCGCUUCCGAAGCGGAAAAGGCUUCCCAGAUCAGUCAGUGGAUCCGAACUGAAUCCUAAGGAGAAACCUGAAAUCACACCGGCUGUGAUUGUUAACAAAGUCAGAUGGACACCUGCUGUGAAGGGUGCUGGUGAGAAAGGGAGAGGCGCAGUCAAAGAGGUUCUUGAGAAGAUAAGCUGGAGUGUCCACCAAGGUCAGAAGGUAGGUCUCAUUGGGCCAAAUGGCUGCGGAAAGAGCACUCAAUUGCUGAUGCUUAUGGAUCAGAUUGAGCCAGGUGGUGGCCGGAUCAUGAAAUAUCCGUCCGAUAUGAAGAUUGCUUACAUGCAACAAGAGGCAGACCUCGACAAUACAAAAACUGCUUCUGAGGAGCUGUUUGCCACAUUCAACGAUCGGACUUUGGCUCAGAUUGACGCUGACAUCGAUGCCUGUUCUUCAGAGGAUCGGCUCGACGACCUGACGACCUACAUCGAAGAGAGAGCCAAGGCAGAAGAUCAUUUGGCAGAAGUGGAACUGAUGGUUUCCAAGCUCGGAUUGGAAGCUUAUCGGGACACGUUGGUGCGAGAAAUGUCUGGUGGAUGGCAGAUGAGGGUCGCAAUUGGGAAAAUCCUUUUGUCUCAACCUGACUUGAUUUUGCUUGACGAGCCCACAAAUCACGUUGACUUGGAGACGGUGGAGUUCAUGGAAGACCUCUUGCGACAGCAGGAAGUUGCUAUGGUGGUCGUCUCACACGAUCGAUAUUUUCUGAACCAGAUUUGCAAUCGUAUUGUGGAGAUAUCGGAUGGACAUUGUAGGACCUACUUCGGAAACUAUGUCGGCUAUUUGCAGGCUCGUGACUUUGCAUUCGCUGGGCAAUGGAAGAAAUACAACAUGCACAGGGAUGAGGUUAAACGGCUGAAAAAGAGGAUCUCCAGGUUGGAAGAACGCUUUCUUUUAGACACCCUGGCGCAGAAAAAGCAGGAUUUGGAGAGGCUGUUAGCCAAUGCUCCGCCAAAGCCUGAGGUCAAAGUGGUCAAAGACUUCCGCUUUCCUUGCUGCUUGCCAGAAAUCCCCAAGACGGAGCAGGAAGGCCCAGACUUGGGCGACCUGUGGGAAGACAAAGAAGCCGAAUCUCCUGUCCUUCUUGAAGUUGACAGCCUCGGAGUCCGCUUUGGCAGUAAUGUGGUGUUGCAAAAGAUCAGUUUCUUUCUUCGUCAAGGAGAGAAAGUGGCCAUUGUCGGCCCAAACGGAUGUGGAAAGAGCACCCUGGUUCGCGCAUUGGUCAAAGACUUGGACCAGAGCGCCACCAUUGAUGGAAAUGCGGCCAUCACAUCAGCUGGGGCUGCAUACUUCCCUCAAAGACUUGCUGAAGCCUUCAAUUCAGAAGAAGGAUCUGUGAAAGAGGCUUUGUACAUGUCUUGUUCACCGGGUGACAUCGACCGGGCUGGUGGUAUUGAUGCUGUCUUGGACCGUUUGCGCCUGGACGGAGUCACAAAGGAACAACCAGUUUCAAGCCUCAGCGGUGGCGAGAAGGCCCGGGUGGCAUUUGCACAGUUCUUAUUGAAACCUGUCGCCCUGCUGGUGUUGGACGAGCCAACCAACCAUUUGGACAUUCCGACGCGCGAGCUUCUGGAGGAUGCAUUGAAAGCUUUUAGAGGAGCUGCAUUGGUGGUGAGCCACGACCGCUUCUUCCUUCGGGAGUUUGCCACUCGUGUCCUUGAGAUUGCUGAUGGCAAACUCAAAGACUACGACAGCUGGGACGCGUACCAGGCCGCUGCUCCUCGUCAGUGGCAGGAGGCGCAGGAAGCCGAGGUGGACUUCAUCAAGCAGGAUGCAAAAGUGGCAAAAGUAUGGUCCAGAAAAAAGAUGUCCCGGCUUCGAAAGCGCGAAGGGAAAGGCAUUGGCUUAAGACGGUUGUCCUCCCGAGUGGAGGAAUUUAUGGAGCCAGAUGAAGAUCCUCGCCCACGUUUCAAGAAGGAAAAGCCUCCAAAGACUGAGCAGCUUCCUGAUGAUGAGCCCUCUACGUAG